UGUUGGGUUAUUUACACACAGAGAUCCUAUAAAAUGCCAAGAAGAACCAGAAUUCUUCACAGGAUUAGACUGUUUGUUAGGCAUAGUUCAUCUAAGAAAUGAAGGAAGAUACUUAGGUGGAAGUAAGUCGUUUCGUCUCUCAUUGGCUUGUGACUGUCACUUACUCAUCAUAUAAACCCAAGAUGCCAUCCCUGAUGAGAGCAUAGAAGAUACUAGAGACUCCACGGAGACAGAGCCCAAGUAAGUGAAUCACACCAUGCCAAACUACAAACUCAUUUAUUUUAAUAUGAGGGGGAGAGCCGAAAUUAUCCGUUACAUAUUUGCUUAUUUGGACAUAAAAUAUGAAGACCACAGAAUAGAACAAGCUGAUUGGCCUGAAGUCAAAUCAACUCUUCCAUUUGGUAAAAUCCCCAUUUUGGAAGUCGACGGAUUUAACCUUCACCAGAGUCUAGCCAUAGCACGAUACUUGGCCAAAAACACAGAUCUGGCUGGAAAAACAGAAUUGGAACAAUGUCAAGUUGAUGCAAUUGUGGACACAUUGGACGAUUUCAUGUCACGUUUUCCUUGGGCAGAGAAAAAACAAGAUAUCAAAAAUCAGAUGUUUAAUGAGCUACUUACAUAUGAUGGACCUCAUCUGCUGCAAGAUUUGGAUGCAUACUUAGGGGAAAAGGAGUGGCUUGUUGGUAACUCUGUAACUUGGGCAGAUUUCUACUGGGAAAUUUGCAGUACUACACUUUUGGUCUUUAAACCUGACUUGCUGGACAUCCAUCCCAGGUUGGUAACAUUACGGAAGAAAGUUCAAGCCAUUCCUGCCAUUGCUGACUGGAUACAACGAAGGCCGCAAACCAAACUCUAGGUGAUACGAGCUACCUCUAAGCUUUAUUGUUCUUCGCAGCAUGGCUUCCAUCAGAUGAGAAGCUACAUUAGCCUGCCAUGUAAUCUAUACUCUCCCCUCCCCAGGCUCACCAAGUCUCUCAAUUUUGCCAUAUUCUGCUUUAAAAAAAAAAAAAAAAAAAGAAGGAAAAAGAGGGGGGUGAAGGGCAUUUAGUUUCAAGCAUCCUAUUUUCCCCCUUUCCCUUAGAAUAAUUUCACAUCAUUUACAACCGAGGAAAAAGUUUACAAUACAGGCAGGGCUCACAUUUCAUGGGCUUUGACAUGCAUGGAUUUCAGUCACAAUUGUUAAGGAACAUACAUAUUUUCCCCCCGAAAUGGUUUGGACUUAAGCUAUAAUUGCAUGAAGUAUUAACUUUGCUGCUAGCUCCGUGGUCCACAAAUCACUGUAUAAAUAACAGAUGCCCGUCAUGACCAGUGACCAAUCACAUCACCUCUUGGAAAGUCUGUUAGGGAUUGGUCACCACACACCUGUUACUUAGCAGCAGCACAGUGUGUAGCUAGCUGCCUUGCCCACUUGCUUCUCAGUGAUAAACCCACUCAGAAUUUUUUAUAAAGUGGAUCACUGAAAAAGGGAACUCAUCAACUAAGAGGAAAGUACAAUAAAGAAGUGAAAAGUGACCAUGCUGGAGCCAAAUUCAAACCACACAAAAAUAGCAAGAGUGGACGGCUGCAGGUCAAGGGGCUCCAGAGAUGCAGUGGAAGAACUUGGCAAGCUUAUUGACAGAAAUGAGGAAAAUGGCUGUGACAGAAGUGAUGUUCCAGAGGAAGUGAGACUGCCAAAGAGUUUCACGUUAAGAGAACAGAGAUCAAAAGAAUGAGAAGCCAAGCCACAGAAAAUAUUUGCAAAGACGUAUCUGAUACAGGACUAUACCCCAAAUAGACAAAGAAUCCAAAAUGAACCCAGUUACAAAACAGACCAAGGAUCUGAAGAGACACCUCACUGAAGAUAUACACAUAGUAAAUAAGCAUGAAAAGAUGCUCAACAUCGUGUUACCAGGGAAAUGCAAAUAAAAGUGAGUUACCAUUACGUACCUAUAAA